AUGGAUUCUAUGCCCCAUGACAACAAUUCUUUUGUGCCCCAGAUAUCGGCGCCCCCCUUGAUGAACCCCCCGCCUCAAAUAUUCGGGGCUUACAAUGCAGAAGGUUUACCGAUAUCUUCGAAAAUACCAGAUUUGACGGGUCCGCUUUUCGGCGAUGGAACCCUUCUCGAUGAAAGCAACGAGGCAAAACGGAGAAGGAUAGCGAGGUGCGAAAUAUAUCGAGGGCCUCGAGAAUCGUCUAGGUCGCAUGGAAAGUUUGUUAAAGUUAUCUGCGAAGAAGAUGGUGGGCGAACGGAUUUGGGAACGUUGGAGAAAAUACUACAGGAAAAGAACCUUUCGCGCAGAGCGUCUGCUGCCCCUGGUUCAGUUGCAACUUCCCCAGUGCAAAGUACUCCAGGUAACCCGGUUGAUGCAAAUGGUUCGACCCCUCGGAGUACUAUAGCAUCCCCAGAACCAACCAAAGACUCCGAGAAGCGUAAUAGUAAAGACGGUCGAAAUGAAGUGGGUGAGAAAAGAGAGGAGCCAGUUGAGGCGCUUUCAGAUAUGAUGUGCUCCUUAGUCACAAAUAACUGCGGAGAAACUCGAUAUAUAGGGUCAUCUUCUGGAUUCUCCAUAUUCUCGCCUAAAGGUAUUUCAUGGGUCAACGAGAAGACAGGCGAUUCAUCGUUUCAGGACAUGAUUUCAUCCGCUUCCGUGGACGACAAUAAGAUGAUGUAUUGGAAACCAGAAGUAUUCUCGGAUUUGUUCGCACGUCCAGUAUGGAGGCGACUCCCUCCUAAAAACGAGUGCGUGUCUUUACUUAAGGACUUUUUCGAGAAUUUUAACUGCAUGUUUCCCCUUUUCCACCAACCUACGUUCAUGCAUCUAGUCGAUCGACAAUAUUCUAGUGAUCCCUAUGAAGGCUCCGGAUGGUGGGCAAGUCUUAACUGUGCACUUGCCAUCGCUCAUCGUCUUCGUGUUAUGAGCCAUCUCGUGCCACAGGAGGAAGAUACAAAAGCUUGGGGCUACCUUAAAAAUGCCAUGGGUGUUUUCACCGAGCUCACCAUGCGGAACACUGAUUUACUCAGUGUACAAGCAUUGUUGGGAAUGGCUUUGUUUAUGCAGGGUACGCCUAAUCCUCAGCCUUCGUUCUUUCUUGUAGCAGCCGCUAUUCGUCUUUCACACAGCAUUGGGCUGCAUAAACGUGGGUCUGGCUUCAACCUCAAUCCAGUGGAGAUUGAGCAACGCAAACGUGUAUUCUGGAUAGGGUACAUGCUAGACAAAGACAUCUGUCUGCGUUCGGGGAGACCUCCUGCACAGGACGACGAUGAUAUGAAUGUCGAACUACCGAGUGCCGACCCUGAAGAUAACAUAGGUAAUAUUCCUCUUGCCGAUGGCAAGGGAAAGGUUAACCUUUUCCGAUUGAUGUGUGAAUUUGCGACCAUCGAGAGCAAGGUAUACAAGCAGCUUUAUUCGACUAAAGCUUCAAAACAAUCUGAUGGGGAACUUCUAAAUACCAUAGGGGAGCUUGAUUCUCAACUCGAAGAAUGGAAAGAUAGUAUCCCGAUCGACUUCCGUCCAGAGCAUGAGAUUAAAGCUUCACAUACUCCACUAAUUCUUCACGUUGUCGUUCUUCAUUUCGCCUACUAUAAUUGCCUCACUACAAUUCAUCGAAUGUCUGUUCACCACGGAUACUGGACCAGCCGCCUUUCUAACUAUGCCAUCCAAGGACUGAAUGCUAGGCCUCUAAAUCCCCGUGUCUUUUCUUCGGCCGCAUUGUGUGUGUCUGCUGCUCGCGCUUCCAUACACCUCAUAAAAUAUGUUCCUCAAGGCGACUUUGCUUGUGUCUGGCUCAUUCUCUAUUUCCCGGUUUCUGCCCUUGUGACCCUCUUUGGAAAUAUUUUACAAAACCCUCAAGAUCCUCGGGCACGUUCUGAUGUGCGUCUUAUGAACCUGGUUGUCAAUUUUCUUUCCAUGUUAGGCACCGAGGAAGAAAAUGGAGGUGUAAAACGUAUGCUAGGGGUCUGCUCAGAAUUUGAAAGAAUAGCCAAAGUUGUUUUGGACAAAGCAGAAAAGGAGACAUCUACAAGGAGAAAGCGCAAGAGUCAUGAUGAUUCGGGUAAAUCAUCGCAUAUGCCCAGGGCUGGCCCACCACAGACUCCCAUGAGCCGUGCUCCUAAUUCCACGCCUGGCCCGUUUUCUCCCAACUCGACGAAUCAUGUGAAUCUACAGAAUGGCUUUAGUCCUUUGCAAGAUGCUUCUCCAAGCUCAAACUGGCAACCAGAUUUCGGUGCUCCUGGAAAUGAUUUCAUGGGACAAAAUACGGCGACACCGUUUGGAAGUGUUCAAGGUUUUACAAACGAAAAUGAGUUCAACUCCCCACUAAAUCCAAAUGCUUUCCAACAACCUUUUGUCCCUCAGGAUCUCUGGCAGAUGCCAAUGACGCUUGAGUGGGACUGGGCAGAGAUGACGGGAGGCGUGUACCAAAGCUUCGAGAAUGGUGUUAUGGGUGACCCUAAUCUUCAUAUGAGUAAUAAUGCACAUCUACAAAAUCAAGGUGGGGGCUUGUAA